AUACGGACUGAGGGGCACGAGUUUACCCACUUUAGAUAGCAUUUGUAACUUAGUGAUAGCUGCACAUAAUUAGCGCAUACAUAUAUAUGUUGGUGUUUUGAGUACCAACGAUACUUAUAAUACUGAAGCUAACCGUUAGCCAGCUAAACCAUAGCCAGCUAGCCAAACUAAGUCAACCACAAGUUGACUGAAAACUACAAGUAACGUCAGUCGUUUAAAGCUGAGUUGUACGCUUGAAGGAAUUAUAUAAUUAUACACUUUAAUUGUGGUAACUUGGAGAGAAAGUGGUGUUUUGCUGUCGUUAGUAGCCGUUGGGGAUGUCCUCGCCUCCAUAUGGGUCCAGGAGUCAUGAAGAGUCAAACCGAGCAGACAGCGACUCAGAGGACGAGCCCAAGCUGCCCCUCAAUCAGUUCUACCCAUACAUCCGAUGUGCUCUCUGCUGUGGCUUCCUCAUCGAUGCCACCACCAUCACAGAGUGCCUGCACACAUUUUGCAAAAGCUGCAUCGUGAAAUAUUUUUUCUACAGCAACAGGUGUCCCACAUGCAGCAUUGUAGUCCACCAAACUCAACCCCUUUACAACAUCAGGCCUGACAGACAACUGCAGGAUAUUGUUUACAAAAUGGUUCCCUUCCUGGAGGACUUGGAAAGAGAACAAAUUUGCAAGUUCUACAAAGAGAGAGGAAUGGAUGUGCCAAAACCAGUGACCAUCUCCCCUCCAGGUCCUGUUGCGGGGAAAAGGCAGAAGAAGGAUAAUGUCUCCCAGUCCAUAUUCACCAUUCCUCCUGAGCUGGAUGUGUCACUGGUGCUGGAGUUUGUAGGGGCUGAGGAGGGGAUCAGCAACUACAAGCCACUGGAGAGGCGCUACGUUCGUGUGUCGGGUGAGGCCACCAUUCGCCACGUGGAGCUGUUCAUCAGGAGGAAGAUGGAGCUCAGCCCAACCUGCCAGGUGGAUGUGGUCUGUGGAGAUCACCUCCUAGAUCACUACCAGUCACUGAAAGACAUACAGAGCUCUGUGGGGACAGAGGCACUGCAGGAUGGUCUGUUGGUGCUGCACUUCGGCUUGGUCCUGCCCUCCCAGUCUUGAGUGGGGUCCUACCUGAGUGGACGAAUUAACAUGUUGGACUUUUUCUUUUUCUUUUCUUUUCUUUUUCGUUAAACAAACCAGGCUCCUGUCAGUGUGUGGAGUUAAAUUUUCUACAUUGGUGUUAUAAGGGGUCUACUGUCUUCGGACUGUGUGCAAACGUGAAGUUUUAAUUUAAAUCUCUAACUUAAAUAUUACAACAAAGCAAGUGUAGCAAGCAGCAAAACUUUUAUUGUGAAAGAGAAAUUUCUAAGAAUGAUAUAGUUGGAGUUCUUUAUUGAGGAGUGAAGUAUGACUUGGGUGAACUUCCAAGAUCGUCAUCUUAUCUUCAGGACAUUCAUGUGUCUGCUGUAGCUUUGCUGGACACAGGAAGUAUAUUUAAUUUACUGAAAUACUUGUGAAACAUACCUGAAGUGACAAAGUCCUGCUGAACUGUGAACUUUUUUUAGGUAUUGUUUUGUAUGAUUAUACUCAAGAAUGUGACUGAUACUGUAGCUAAAACGGAACUGAACUACUGUCAGUGGCUCUGAAACUUUUACAUCUCCAACAGAUACGUCUGUAAAAGCAAUAUAGUGUCUUAUAUGAAAGAAUGCAUUAAGUACCAUCUGUUGGGAAACCAGGGAGCUCUCCUCUUUUUUUUUAAAUUAUUUUCUAAUUUAUGGGUUUGAGAGUUGAGUUUACUGUCUACAUGGGUGUCAUUUCAAAUCAAAACCUGUGAUCUUUAAGGGCUCGAUUACAAAAUGAUUACCACUGCCAAAGGUUUGUGUGUGUUGUUGUUGUUGUUGUUGUUUUUUUAAAUAGAAUUUAGAGCUAUGCUGUUUUUCUAGGGUGAUUCACUUCUUGUUGAUUUACUUGUUUAAUUUAACUUUUGUAUUGAUUACAUACUCAUGCAGGUUGUCUUGAUAAAGUCUGCUUUCAGUACAAAUCACCAGAGCAAAAAAGAGCUGUUAUUUAAAGGGAGUUUUGUAUUAAGAAGUCUUUGGUAGGGUU